ACGAGGGAACUUCAGGUCCAUUGGCUUGGUGGAAUCUUACUCCUUCUCGAGAAGUACAAUUUUUCCAAAAUUCAUACCAAACUUCACCUUUUUCGUCAUCUUCCUCCGACUAUUUUCCCCAAUUCUCCUAUAAAACCCUAAAAUUCUCAAUCAAUUAUCACAGAUUUUCAUUCAUGGAACCUCCGAUUCUUCUCUUUUCCUCCGUUCCUAAUCUCCUCUCCUUUUUCAUCUUUUAUUUCAUCAUUUACCUCAUUGCCUACUUCAUCAUCUUCCCUUCAUGGAAACCUAAACUCCGUCCAGAAGCUUCCAGCUGCGUUAUCUCCUUCUUUCACGGUACUCCCGCCGUAUUCCUCGCCGUUACUUCCCUACUCGCCGACCCAGAUCGUAAUUUUCACUCCCCCAACACCCCUUUUCAGAAUAUGGUCCUUGAUUACAGCAUAGCUUAUUUCUUGAUGGACCUAACACACUACCUAAUUUUCUACCCUAGUGAUGUUCUCUUCAUUGGACAUCAUCUUGCUACCCUUUUCGUUUUCGUUACGUGUAGGUAUAUGGUGUAUCAUGGGGCUUAUGCGAUUCUUGUACUUUUGAUUCUUGCGGAGGUUACUAGCUUUGUACAGAACACAUGGACUCUUGCUAAUGCUAGGAAAUCAGAUGUGGAGUUUGCUGCGAAGAUGUAUUCGUUGCUUUCGCCUCCGUUUUAUGUUCUGUAUUCAUUGGUGAGAGGUAUUGCUGGGCCGUAUUUUGUUUACAGGAUGCUUUCGUAUUAUCUUAGUGGAGCUGCUGAUAACGUAAUACCGAGAUGGAUUUGGGUUUCUUGGGUAUUUGUUGUUGUCACUGCUAUUUCUGUUAGCAUAUUGUGGGUUUCAAAUCUUUGGGUUGAACUGUAUAAAGAAAUGCCUAGGAAAUUUGAGAAAAAAGUUAGGUGAGCUAAAAUAUUGUGGUUUACAAAUUACCUAUAUGGUUUAAUUGAAUGAGACAUUGGGAAAAAAAACCAAAUCCUUCAUUGUCUGUUUGCUCC